GAAAGGAGAGGGUAGUGUUGAGUGUUGAGUGUAGAGUGUAAACUGCAUUGUGUCUGUGUUGUGUUGUGCGUUAAGAAGGGAAGGGUAACUCGUCCCAUCCAGAACAGUGAACACCUCCACCACCUUGUUCCACUCACUCAAUACUCUCUUCAUUUUUUCAGGGCUUUACAAUGGCCGACCAUUCCCUUGAGUCCGCCUACAUCGAGAAACUGUAUGAAUACGGUGAGCAGCUCAACAGUGCCAAGGACAAGUCCAAGAAUGUCAGCGAUUACAAGGGAAUCAUUGAAACCGCCAAGACCAGUGUGAAGGCCAAGCAGCUCGCUGCACAGUUCAUUCCCAAGUUCUACAAGUUCUUUCCUGCCCUCUCUGGCGCUGCCCUCGAUGUGCAUCUUGAUUUGGUUGAGGCUGAAGAGCUCGGAGUUCGGGUUCAAGCAAUUAGAGGACUGCCUCUUUUCUGUAAGGAUGCACCUGACAAUAUUGGGAAAAUGGUUGAUAUUCUUGUGCAAAUUCUUGGGUCUGAGGAGUUUGUGGAGCGGGAUGCUGUACAUAAGGCUCUUAUGUCUCUGCUGAGGCAGGAUGUGAAAGCUUCUUUGACGGCUUUGUUUAAGCACAUUGGCAGUGUUGAAGAGCCAAGCACGGAUGAUACUAUUCGUGAGAAAGUUAUAAACUUUGUUAGAGAUAAGGUUUUCCCUAUUAAAGCUGAAUUGUUGAAGCCCCAGGAGGAAAUGGAAAGACACAUAACUGAUCUCAUAAAAAAGAGUCUAGAAGAUGUAACGGGGAUAGAAUUUCGAAUGUUUAUGGAUUUCCUGAAGAGUUUGAGUCUAUUUGGAGAAAAGGCUCCAGCUGAGCGGAUGAAAGAGCUUAUUGGAAUCAUUGAAGGGCAAGCUGAUUUAGAUGCACAGUUCAAUGUUUCAGAUGCUGACCAUAUUGAUAGGUUGAUAUCAUGCCUUCAUAUGGCACUUCCAUUUGUUGUGAGGGGUGCAUCUAGCAACAAAUUUCUCAACUACAUAAACAAAUAUAUAAUACCUGUUUUUGACCAGCUUCCUGGAGAACGAAAAGUAGAUUUACUCAGAAGCCUUGCAGAAUUUUCACCAUACACAAGUCUACAAGAUUCACGCCAAAUGCUUCCUUCUAUUGUUCAGUUGCUGAAGAAAUACAUGACUUGGAAGAAGACUGGAGAAGAGAUGAACUUUACAUAUGUAGAGUGCUUGCUGUAUACCUUUCAUCACUUGGCGCAUAAGGUUCCUAAUGCAACAAAUAGUUUAUGUGGAUACAAAAUUGUUACUGGCCAGCCAUCUGAUAGAGUUGGAGAGGACUUUUCAGAGCAUUAUAAUGACUUUACUGAGAGAUUGAAUAAUGUUGAGGAGUUCACCCGGGCCACAAUCAAGAAAUUAACUCAAGGAAUGGACGAAAACAACAAAUCUAUGGCAGGUGCUAAAACUGAUGAAGAAAAGGAAAAGAUUAAAACUAAAAAGCAAAAUGCUACAACUGGGUUACGGACCUGUAAUAACAUUUUGUCAAUGACAAAGCCAUUGCACGCCAAGGUGCCUUCUUUUAUUGGAGAUAAGAGAAUCAAUCUUUCUUGGAAAGAGGUUACAAAAACUGCACCAGCUGCUGGAGCAAAACGGCCUGCUAGUGCUUCCAAUGGGGCCAACAAUAUUGCAUCAAAGAAAGGUCGAGGUGCUGGUAGUUUUCAAAAUCAACUUGUCAAUAGAGCAUUGGAAGGAUUAUCUCUUGGAGGAAGAGGGGGUACAAGGGGCAGGGGUAGGGGCAGAGGCAGAGGCCAGGGCUGGGCUGGUCGUGGAAGUUCAAGAGGAAGAGGGUAUCAUCGAUAACUUUGUUGCAGAUGUGAUGUGGAAAAGAUUCCGCAUCAAAUUUCAAGAGAAUGUAACUGAAUACAAAUAGUUCCUGUACUAAAAUUCUUUGUUAGAGGAAGUUUUGGUUAUAGAGGACGAUGAAAUUUUAUUUUAGCUGAAUUUUAUUUUAGUUGUACUUCCUACAGAACUUGUUUAUGUAGAAUGCUGAGUUAUUGUUCAUUUGCAAUCCAUUUGUUGCAAGCAGCAAAUGAGGACUUACUGACGGAACUUACUUUCGUUGGUAUGUAUGCAUGUAAUUUGAGUGCAUUUAUAUGAAGUUUGUGUCUCCCUUACUGGAGACAAUACCUGUUUCAAACAAUAUGAAAUCAAAUGCUUAGUUCUUUGUUGAUGUCAA